CUAGUCGCUCGUAGAUAUAUAUACGCUACUGCACCGGUUUGGUUUCAAAGUCUUGGCUCGCUAUUUGUAUUGAGUUCUGUUAUUGUUGUUGCUAGUGUCUUGUCAGGAUGCGCGAAAUUGUUCACAUUCAAGCCGGUCAGUGCGGAAAUCAGAUCGGUGCGAAAUUUUGGGAAGUUAUAUCUGAUGAACAUGGAAUUGAUCCAACGGGGACGUACCAUGGCGACUCCGAUCUUCAGCUAGAACGCAUAAAUGUGUACUAUAAUGAAGCAACCGGAGGGAAGUAUGUGCCACGAGCGGUGUUGGUUGAUCUCGAGCCGGGUACAAUGGACAGUGUACGGGCAGGUCCAUUCGGUCAAUUGUUCCGACCGGAUAACUUCGUUUUCGGACAAAGUGGUGCAGGAAACAAUUGGGCGAAGGGGCACUACACUGAAGGUGCCGAACUAGUGGACUCAGUCCUCGAUGUGGUCCGCAAGGAAGCCGAGUCGUGCGAUUGCCUUCAAGGUUUCCAACUGACUCAUUCUCUUGGAGGAGGCACAGGAUCUGGUAUGGGGACAUUGUUGAUUUCGAAAAUCCGCGAGGAGUAUCCUGACCGUAUCAUGAACACGUUCUCCGUAGUGCCUUCACCUAAGGUGUCUGAUACUGUUGUCGAGCCCUACAAUGCGACCCUGUCAGUUCAUCAACUCGUGGAAAAUACGGAUGAGACAUACUGCAUUGACAACGAAGCUCUGUAUGAUAUUUGCUUCCGCACACUCAAACUCACGACUCCUACUUAUGGUGACUUGAAUCACUUGGUUAGUGCAACGAUGUCUGGAGUAACAACGUGCUUGAGAUUUCCGGGUCAGUUGAAUGCUGAUCUUCGUAAGUUAGCUGUGAACAUGGUGCCUUUCCCUCGACUGCACUUCUUCAUGCCAGGAUUUGCACCUUUGACGAGCCGUGGUAGUCAGCAGUACCGAUCUCUGACAGUGCCAGAACUGACUCAGCAAAUGUUUGAUGCCAAGAAUAUGAUGGCGGCGUGCGAUCCUCGUCACGGGCGAUAUCUGACAGUUGCGGCUAUGUUCAGAGGCCGCAUGUCCAUGAAGGAAGUUGAUGAGCAAAUGCUCAACGUUCAGAACAAGAACUCUAGUUACUUUGUGGAAUGGAUACCGAACAAUGUGAAGACGGCUGUUUGCGAUAUUCCUCCCAGAGGUCUUAAGAUGUCAGUCACCUUUAUAGGCAACAGUACUGCUAUCCAAGAGCUGUUUAAGCGUGUGAGUGAACAGUUUACCGCUAUGUUCCGUCGAAAGGCCUUCUUGCAUUGGUAUACAGGAGAGGGUAUGGACGAGAUGGAAUUCACAGAGGCCGAAUCUAACAUGAAUGAUCUGGUCAGCGAGUAUCAACAAUACCAGGAUGCGACGGCUGAGGAGGAGGGCGAGUUUGAAGAGGAGGAAGGCGAAGAAGCCUAAUUAAUCAAUAUUGGUGUUGCUAGGUGUUAGUUGAAUAAAUUUUUUAAUUGGUGUCAAA